GUCAAAGUGUAAAGACGAGAUCAAACGUCAUUUUCCUGAAAUGAAAGUCAAAUAUUGUCAGAGCGACGGCAGAGCUGCAGUCCAGACAAAUCUCUGUGUUUAUGUUUGAAGAAAAUUCAACUGAGUUCAUCUGUUCUUUCUCAACAUCUGACUCAAAUACUGGCCAGAAAAGUCUCUGCUUCUGAUUCAAGAAAAUUCAACUGGGUUCAUCUGAUCUUUCUCAACAUCUGACUCAAAUACUGUGUGGAGACAUGUCUGCUGCCAGACGUCUGAGAUCUGAAGAUCAGUUUCGUUGUUCCAUCUGUAUGGUUGUGUUCACUGAUCCAGUCUCUACACCAUGUGGACACAACUUCUGCAAACACUGCAUCACUCAACACUGGGACAAUACUGUUCUAUACAAGUGCCCACUGUGUAAAGAGAUUUUCAAAAGUAGACCUCAGCUGAGGAUUAACACUUUGCUCUCUGACAUAGUUGCUGAGUUCAGACAUGAAUCUCAACAGAAAGCCAGCAGCAGCAGCUCAGAGCAACAAGCUGCCAAACCAGGAGAAGUUCCCUGUGACAUCUGCACUGGAACCAAACUGAAGGCCCUGAAGUCCUGCCUGGUGUGUCUGCUCUCCUACUGUGACUCUCACCUGGAGCCUCACCUGACAAUGUCACGUCUGAAAACACAUCAGCUGAUCCACCCUGUGGACAACCUGGAAGACAGGAUGUGUAGGAAGCACGAUAAACCUCUGGAGCUGUUCUGUAAGACCGACCAGACAUGUGUCUGCAUGCUCUGCCCUGUUUUAGACCACAAGACACAUGAUGUUGUUCCUCUGAAAGAAGGAUAUAAAAGAAAGAAGGCAGAGCUAGGAAAGACAGAGAAUGAAAUUCAGCAGAUGAUCCAGAAGAGACGACUGAAGAUUGAGGAGAUGAAAGAGUCAGUGAAGAUGAGUAAAGUUGCUGCAGACAGAGAGACAGCAGAAGGUGUUCAGGUCUUCACUGCUCUGAAGGAGUCUGUUGAGAGAGGCCUGGACCAGCUCAUAAAGGAGAUCGAAGACAAACAGAAAACAACAGAGAAACAGGCUGAAGGUUUCAUCAAACAUCUGGAACAGGAAGUCUCUGAGCUGAUGAAGAUUAGCUCUGAGGUAAAGCAGCUCUCACGCUCUGAAGACCACCUCCACCUCCUCCAAAGCUUCUCCUCCCUGAAAGCUGCUCUACCCACCAAGGACUGGACAGAGGUCAGCGUCCGUCCACCAUCAUAUGAGGGGACUGUGGUGAGAGCUGUGAUUCAGCUGGAGGAGACACUCAGUAAAGACAUGAAGAAGCUGUUUGAGGCUGAGCUGAAGAGAGUCCAGCAGUAUGCAGCGGAUGUGACUCUAGAUCCUGAUACAGCACAUCCUGCACUCAUCCUGUCUGAUGAUGGAAAACAAGUGAAUCAUAGUGAUGUGAGGAAGAAUCUUCCAGACAACCCAGAGAGAUUUUCCAAAUGUCCAUGUGUUUUAGGCAAGAAGAGUUUCUCUUCAGGCAGAUUUUACUUUCAGGUUCAGGUUAAAGGAAAGACUGAAUGGGAUCUAGGAGUAGCCAGAAAGUCAAUCAACAGAAAGGGAAACAUUAAAGCAAGUCCUCAGAAUGGUUUCUGGACUGUAUGGUUGAGAAAUGGAAAUGAGUACAAAGCCCUUGAUAAGACUCGAGUCACUCUCUCUCUUCGCUCUCAUCCUGAGAACGUGGGGGUGUUUGUGGAUUAUGAGGAGGGUCUGGUCUCCUUUCAUGAUGUAGAUACUGCAGCUCUUAUUUACUCCUUUACUGGCUGCUCCUUCACUGACAAAGUGUACCCAUUCUUCAGUCCUGAGUUGAAUCAUGGUGGUAAAAACUCUGCACCUCUGAUUAUCUGUCUUGUCUAUCAAACUAUCUGAUUCAUUUAAUGAUGAAGCUUUGAGAUCAAUGAAUGAACUUAUUGAUCUUCAGACUUAAUUCACACUCUGACUAAAUGAUCAUUCUGGACUGGAUUCUGGAUACCCAGCUUGUGAUUUGUGUCAAAAAACAGUUUUGUUCAUUUUUCUAGCUCAAAAUUUGAAGAAGUUAGAUUUGAGUAUUUUAAUCAUAUGUUUCUACCAUGGAGCCAUACUACCAUCUAGAGGCCGGUUAGGGAAAUGUCUUUGGAACAUAAUUCUACCAAGUAUUACUGUUAUAGCAUUUUAAUACAUCUAUAUUCCACAAAGCAAGACUGGUUAGCCUAGCCCGAAUAUAACCUACCUUUCCUUCUUCUCGAUAUCAGUUAGUGUUGCUUACUAUUAUUAGUUAUAUGAAUUAGCAUAUUGAGGAAAGUCAUCGAAAUGAAUGAAUGUUUCUGAUAACGUGUUCUAAUACUGACAUGAUGUUUCAUUGAAAGUGUUUGAUUUCAUCUCUAUCUCAUCCUACUUCUGAGUUUAUCAUUGUGAGAAGUACAGCCGUUAUUUAAUACUCUUGAAACAAAAGCAUUCAUGUGUAAAUCAUCGAAAGGUGCAAAGACCAGUUUUGCAACAAAGGGGCACACUCUGCAGAGACGUGGUGAUAAACUAGCGCCUGUUCAGC